AUGAUACGAUCACGUUUGCCAAAGUUGGAGAUCCCCGGAUUGCCUUUUCACGAGUACUUCUUCAAAACCACACGAAAAUUCGCUGACGAUAUUGCUAUGAUAAACAACGACACAAAGGAGCAGUUCAGCUUCUCUGACCUUGUCGACAAAGCUAAAUUUGUCGGCCGAGCAUUGUUAGCAAUGGGAGUUGAGAGAGGAGAGGUAGUGAUGCUGUGCGUGGAUAACUCUCCAGAGGCGGUGUACCUCUUUCUUGCAAUCUCUCUAGCCGGUGCUGUGGCAAGCACAUUAUCGCCAAAGUUACAUGCUGAAGAAAUGCGUUUCCAAAUGGUCGAGUCCGAUACGCGUAUAGUGUUCGUGGAUCCGAUUGGCUUAUCGGAAGUUCAGCAAGUGUUCCACGAUCUCCAGAAACCACAUCGCAUAAUCUGCACCGGCACACGGGACCUGGCUGACGGAUGCCCGAUUCUUGAUGAUCUACAAUUUGUUGUCAGUGACCACGUCGUUUUUCCACGAAUUCAACCAAGAGCUGAUGUCGUGUACAUGCCAUUCUCCAGCGGGAUUCAUGGUAAACGAAAAGGAAUACUUACGUCGCAUUACGUUAUGAAUGCGAAGACAAUGAUUUCGCUCAAUCCUCAGUCCUAUAUCCAUCCGGAACGUCACGAAUACACCGUAGCUAUGUUGCCAUUCCAUCGGCAACUUGGUCUGGAAGCAAUUUUCAUCUCUCUACUCGCUGGCGCCACUGUUGUGACUGUGUCGAAAUUUUGUGUGCACACUUUGAUGACCUGUGUCGAUAGAUAUAAGGCUAAGACUCUCUAUCUCAGCCCGAUGAUCAUGUCAAUGAUGAUGAAUGAAGCUGAAAAUCACGAAUACUCGAUGGAAACUAUGCGUACGGUAAUAAACGGUAGUGCCGCCGUGUCGAAAGAACUGUUUGAUGAUUUCCGAGAAAUGUUUCCACAUGUGGAAAAUAUUAUUUCGACUUAUGGGAUGACCGAAAUCGGACUGAUAACGAGGACAGUACCGAGUCAAAAAUACUCAUCCUCAUGCGGUAAACUUGCAGCAAAUUUGUCGUUGAAGGUGGUGGAUAUAAUAAGUGGACGUGUACUGGGGCCUCGUCAGAAAGGUAUGAUCUAUGUGAAGGGCACAAGCGUAAUGUCACCUUAUCUGAACAACGAAGAGGCGACUAAGGAACAAAUCAGAGGAGGAUGGAGGAAGACAGGCGAUAUCGGUUAUUAUGACGAGGAUGAAAAUGUUUACUUGGUCGAUAAAUUCAAAGAGAUGAUCAAAGUUCACGGCUAUCAGGUGAUACCGUCAGAACUAGAAACGUUGCUCCUCACUCAUCCAGGUGUCGUUGAAGCAGCAGUUGUGGCGAUUUCAGACCAAGAAGCUGGAGAAAGACCGGUCGCCUUCGUUGUGCUGGACAAGGAUUAUCCGGUGGGCACAAAAGAAAUAAUGGACUAUGUCAAUGAACGUGUGGUUCGUUACAAGCGAUUAGCACGAGUGAAUAUCGCUCAAACUCUACCUCGAUCGCCAUGCGGUUCACUUCUUCGACGGUUACUCGCCGAGGCAGCGGUGCUUAGUGUCUGUAACAUGCCUUGA